AUGUCACUCGGGGUGGUAGUAAUAAAACAGAGUUUGUUAAUCCUGGUGUGUAUCUCGUUGAGUUCCGCGGAUUCUCCAGGAGGAACCAACAAAACAGUAAAGACUUAUCUACCGCCGCUACGAAUCCCAGAGACUUAUGCUCCAAAAAAUAAUUCUCUGGAGGCAAAAUGCGACCACCAAGUCCAAAUCUUCGAGGACUCGCUCCAAAAGUUCGAGCCCUGGGCGCUGGAAAGUAUUUAA